ACUUUCUUGGACAGGUCACACAUUCAAUCUCAUGAACUUGCGAUUUAUUUCAUGGCCUUCUUUGCAACGCCUAGGUCAUUAGUGCGUCUGGGAUGUCGACAAAGGCUGUUUCUCAGAUCAUUCAGCUCCGAGCAUGCAAUAGAUAAUGAUAUUGUAAUAGUAGGAGGCGGGCCAGCAGGAUUGGCUUUGGCAGCUGCCCUCGCCUCGCACCCUACCGCCAAAAAUUCCCUCAAAAUUACGCUAAUAGAAGCGGGGGGACUUGUGUGGGACGGCAUUUCUGGUGCUCGCAUCACCUUUGACGCGUCGGAAAUGCCGGAGUCGAGUGAAAUGGCUCGGAUGACAGAAAACCUAAACCUCCAGCGCGCCCUGCUAAGAAAGCUUUCGAGUACCCCGAGUGUCCAGGUAAUUCAAAGCAUCAAAGUCGAAUCAAUACAACGCGAGGCAGGUGACCGCAACAACUGGCCUGUCGUGCAUCUUUCUAAUGGCGCCAUCCUGCGCGCAAGACUGCUGGUUGGCGCCGACGGGUUCAACUCUCCAGUAAGAUCGUUCGCUGGGAUCUCAUCAUAUGGAUGGUCAUAUGACACGCAAGCAGUCGUCGCGACGCUAAAUCACGCGCCGCGAGGACCAUUCCAAGCACCCAACAACACAGCUUACCAAAGAUUCCUCCCGACGGGUCCGAUUGCAUUCCUGCCACUCUCCCCUUGCACCUCUUCGCUGGUAUGGUCGACCAAACCCCAUCUAGCAGCAGCGCUGAGCAAAUCAUCCCCUGGAGUUCUGGAGCAAUUAAUUAAUGCCGCUUUCCGCCUCCCCGAGCUGUCUUUGCAGUACAUCUACAGACGACUCCUCGAAGACACUACAUCAAGCGAGGAGAUCAAGAAGGAAGUCGCGUUCAGGGAACGCUCAGACGGUAUUUCAAGCUACUCUGCAUAUGCAUCCGCGACAUCGAUGGUUUCGGAUGGUGGCAUUCCCCCAAAUGAUGCGGAUGCACUUCCUCUACUCGUGACAUCAAUUCAGCCGGGCACAAUAGCAAGUUUUCCGCUUCGCUACAACCAUGCUGAAUCAUAUCUUGGAGAGGGUGCAGGGAGCCGCACGGUCUUGGUCGGGGAUGCUGCGCACACCGUCCACCCGCUAGCAGGACAAGGCCUAAACCUGGGCCUCGGAGACGUCGAUGCUCUAUCAAGGUGUAUCAUACAAGCUCUGGCGCACGGCAGUGACAUCGGCUCAUACACGGCUCUAAUACCUUAUGCGCGGGAACGCUACUUCGAGAACCACAAGGUGAUGUCAGCAAUCGACAAGCUGCACAAGGUCUACUCUUCUACGUCACAGCCGGUGGUGUGGGCCCGAUCUGUGGGGCUUGAGGUGAUCAACGAGCUUGACUCGAUAAAAGCCGCGUUGAUGACGAGCGCUGGAGCGCAUUCUCGGUCGCAAAAUGCAAGUGGAUGGGACUUGUUUGCCAAGAGCGUCGAGAGUCUAGCAGGGGCUGCCAGUGCCUCGAAAGUGGUCGGCGGGAUGGUUGGCGCAGGAAUACAGGAGUUGACUAAGAAUGCUGGCCAAAGAUUAUUUGGACGCCCUUGAACGCGUGUGCUUGUUGCAGAUAAGUAGAGUCGAUCCACACAUCAUGUUCUCAUUGACCCUCGAGUUGUGAGCACACUACAGUUUAUAUCCGACGCAGUAAAGGAAUGAAACCGUUUAACCUCAAUUCCUUGAGGAAUUUAAAUAGUUCUGGAGAACUGUCUAGAUAUGGUGCUGGUCUUAAAUGACACGGCAUUUUCAUAAUCAGAAGUCAGGAAUGAGACUCAUUUCGGACAAGGUACAACCCUCACUGAGGCC